GGUGCCAACCCUGGUAGAACGCCAACUUACUGCAACUUGUAAAUAAAAGUUGCUCAGCUUAAUCCGCAGCCAUGGAGCUCCAGAGAUCCUCUUCGAUAAGCAUGACUUUCAACCAAAAUACUGCGUUUGUUUCGCGUUCCGAUAGUCAGACGUUGCUUCUGGGAGCUUUCGAGGAUUGCAUGGAAUUCAUUGACCUGAACCAUGAGCUAUUCCAACCGCCAGCGGUGAGGUCCUCCAACAGUGGCGGUGGCGGCGGCGGCUUAAUACAGAGCUUCGUGGCCACCGGAUGGCCCCACCUGAUGACGCAUGUGAUCCAAACACCCGGCGGAUCCCAAUUGAACAACAACAUCUAUGCCGUCCCGGCUGAUAUUGCUAGUUAUUGCGACGCCAAUAACAAGAACAUUCCAAAGGGGUAA